CCGGUUACUUUUGCCCAUCUCUACUCGACGCUCAUUGGUCGUGACGAAAUCGUCUUCCUCGACAAAAUACGGCAUAUUUUCCUACAUAGCCCGCUAUAGGGAGUUGAAUAUCCUUCUUCUAUAUAUCCUUGCAGCAAUAAAAUGUUGAAACUCCCCUUAUUUUCGCCCCCUAUUGCUAAAAUCCCCACAAAACUCCCAAUCGGCUCCGGAUUCCCCAAAAUUUGGGGAAUUCCCCACAAAUUGGCAACGCUGGAGGUUAGCGUGUUCUUUCUGAAUAUGCUAAGACUAACGGACUAGUGUCGAAACACAGAUAGCUAGAUGAACGUAUUUCGGUACUUGUGUCGAUGCGCUACAGGUACAUUUGCCUGCGCGUCGUAUGUCUUCUGAUGGUCUUCUGGCAGUCUUUUAAUUUUUCUGUUUGUCUAUGGCUGUGAAACAAAAACAAACCCAUAGAGAUUUCAGACUUCAAUGCAUUAAAUAAUUUUGUCAGUGCAAUGGAAAAUGUUAAUAAUUUAGUAAUUAAUGAUUAUCCAGGUCUGGAUUUAUAUUUUUUAUCUUUAGAAGAGGAACAUAAGGAGAAAAUCAUCAAAAAUGCAACAUUCUUUCAGGCCCAUAUAAACAGAAAUUGUUUAUGUUAUCCCUUACAGCAAAUAGAGAAAGAUCAUUUCUUCAUGUUAGAUUACAAAUUAAUUUUAAGUGACGAACAUUUUAUUCUCCAAUGGCCAGAAUUUAAUGAAGAAUUAAUUAACUCAACUGAAUUUACUUUAAAUACUCUAGGCUUUGCAAUGUAUGAUCACAUUAACCAGAUUCGAAAAGAUAUCCAAAACGAACAAAAAAUUUUAAAAGCUCUCACAGUAAUCCGUGUUAGAAUUGUUAAUUUUGAACCAAUUUUACUACUGAAGGAUGUUAAUGUUAAUUAUUUUGGUAAAUUUGUUUCCCUUUGUGGCACAGUGAUUAAAGCUAGCAUGGUAAAGAUUAUAUGUAAUGUUAUGGCGUUUUAUUGUGAGGUAUGCCAACAAACUCAAGUGGUAAAACAAGCCAACGGAGUGUAUACACCUUUAGAAAAAUGCCAAACGCAUGGCUGCCGAACUAAGGGUCACUUUAAAUCUCUUUAUAAUUCUCCUUUAACGAAAACUGUAUAUUGGCAAAGCAUAACUAUACAAGAAUCAGAUUCGGCAAUGGUUCCACAAACUUUAGAAUGUGAAUUGACAGCAGAUUUAGUGAACUCUUGUUCACCUGGGGAUGAUAUAAAUAUAUCUGGAGUUAUUAAGGUCAGAGAUCCAAAUAGCAAUAAGUGUAAAAAUAAACAAAACUCAGUAUUUAAUUUGUAUUUAGAAGUUGUAUCAGUUUAUAACAAUAAAACUGAAAGUGAGGGAUCAAAUUCGCACGACAUAAUGAAUUUCACAUCUGAAGAUUAUUAUGCAAUAAAAGAAAUCCACGCUAAUCCAAAUUUGUUCACUUAUUUAGUGAACUCAUUAAGUCCCUCAAUUUAUGGACAUGAAUUAAUAAAAGCCGGCUUACUGCUAGCCCUAUUUAAGGGUACCAAAUCUAACACGUCUAGGGCAGAAUCUCAUGUGCUGUUAAUAGGUGACCCAGGUCUGGGAAAGAGUCAAAUGUUAAAGAGUUGCACAAAUGUCUCUCCUAGAGGAGUCUAUGUUUGUGGUAGCGGUAGCACUACGUCAGGUUUAACAGUAACGAUGACCAGGGAAACUGGAGGUGAAUACUCUUUAGAAGCAGGAGCUCUAAUGUUAUCAGAUCAAGGAUGUUGUUGUAUAGAUGAAUUUGACAAGAUGCCAACUCAACAUGCGGGUUUAUUAGAAGCAAUGGAACAACAAAGCAUAAGCAUAGCUAAGGCUGGUGUAGUAUGUUCAUUACCGACAAAACCCACUCUCUUAGUAGCAGCCAAUCCGGCUGGAGGCCACUAUAACAAGGCAAAGACUGUAGCAGAAAAUUUAAAAAUUGGCUCACCCAUGCUGUCCAGAUUUGAUCUGAUUUUUAUUUUGCUGGAUAAACCAGAUGAGGAUUUCGAUAAAUAUCUUUCGAAGCAUAUUUUGUCAGCCCACUCGACCAAAAAAAGAAAAUAUAUUUCCCGUGAUGUGGACAUGAAUGAUUCAAUUUCAAAUAGAGAAUCUCUAAGAAAUCGCUUGAAGACACUUGGGAAGGACAUAGAGCCACUUCCACAUAAAUUAUUCAGAAAAUAUAUUGCUUAUGCUCAAAAAUACGUCAACCCGUAUAUUUCAGAUGGUGCUAAGACUAUUUUAGCUGAAUUUUAUGUUGCCUUACGUAAACAGUUCGCUUCGGGAGAUUGUACACCUGUAACAGCAAGGCAGUUGUAUUCACUUAUACGUUUAACACAAGCUAGAGCAAAAGCUGAGUUAAGAGAAGAAGCUACCGAAGAUGACGCAAGAGACGUUAUAGAAAUUAUGAAACACAGUAUUGUGGACAUAUUCACCAACGAGGAUGGUAUGUUAGACACUACCAGGUCUCAAAUGGGCACGGGAAUGAGUUUCAAAAACCAAGUACUGAAAUUGGUGGAAAUGCUUCAAAGAAAGUCAGAAAUCGAAUCUAAAUCUUUAUUCACGUUGCAAGAGAUAAAAAACGCAAGCGAAUCGGUAGGAAUAUUGCAGUCAAAGUUCACCAACACGUUACAAUCCUUAAAUAUACAGGGAUACUUGUUAAGUAAAGGCAGGAAUACUUAUCAACUAAACUCCGCAUAUUUAUAGUUUUGCUAAUAAUAAUUUUUUAUUU